AUGAAUUUCACUUAUCUAUGUUUAGUAAUCCUGCAAAGUGUUUUACUAUCAGAUAUUUAUGCGCUUUAUAACAAAGAUGUCAUAUGCACUAUCGACAAGAAUAAUUUUUCAAUUUGCAAGACUCUAAACACACCCAGUCGAAGAAGAAAUAUUAAUGUCAAUAUUCCGUCUCAUGAACCCUACUUACCGACUGCAAAAAAUGGUUUAUUUUAUAAUUGCUCGUCGCAAGAAUGUAAUCCUCUAAAAGUUUACUCAAUAUCGCAAAUAGCUUUACCUGGAUCACACGUAAAGUACUGCUAUCUACAAACACCUGAAAAUUAUAAAUGCGAAUCGUUAAAAUACAACUACUAUAAAAAUAUUGACAAGUUAUUAUUUUUAUCGAAUAAUAUACCAGAUAAAUUAUUCUAUUUGAUCGAUUGCUUAGCAUAUUCGGAUGGUGGGCGAGUAUGCCAUAAGAAGGACGAAGUUGAAUCAUACACCAAAUUGGUAGAUAUUGGGAACAUUGCGAGGCCGAAUGACACCAAUGUUUUAUCACAAGAGGAAUUCAUAUGUGAACAAACUCAAGACAAAACGAUCACGUGUGACCUCAAUCGCUACGUACCUUACAACGAUGGCCUGAAACCAAAAGAUGUAGUUAAAUUCGAUGAUAAAAUACUUCUGAAAACAGGGAGUAGUGUAGCGACUCUGAGUUUAACGUGUUUUGAUUCUUGGUGUGGAUAUAAUGGUGUGAUAACACCCUCGCGCCGCGUUGAUAGAUACGAACCGCCUGGCGGCAAAGUAUACAGGUGCUAUUAUGCAAAUAAACAACAAAUAUGCAAAGAAAUAUACGGUAGAUCUAGGAGCAUUUAUAAUGACCGAGACUGGCUUAGUUCAUAAUAAAAAUCUAGAUAUAUAUAUAGUCUUUUAAAAUAUUUAAUUUCACAUUUUUUAUCCGGAUUGGUCUUAAUAAAAAUUACAUGUUUAACCAGUUUUGUAAGAAUCACAUUUUUGUAAGAAUGUAUAUAAGUGAUGUUCCCUUACUUAUUAUAUAAUGAAACAAAAUAUUACAUAAUGAUUGUCUCCUUUUGAUUUAAAGAGUUAAAUAACAACACCAUGUAUCUGUAGAUACGCUGACGUAUGUUGUACGCCAUCAGAAGUUUUAUUCAUAAAUAUGAAUAUAUUAUGUGACUUGGAUUGCUUACAAAUAUGUGACCGCAUAUCUUAUACAUAGAUGUAGCGAUUAUGCAUAUAAAUGUUACGUAACAA